AUGAAUUUCGCCUGGUUGCCGAUUUGUCUGUCCUUGUGGCUUCUCAAGUCGCAUUCCUUUGCCGGCGCAGAUCCAGUAAAUCCACAAUGCAAUAAUUACUGUGUGGAACUUUUGAAUCCCUUGAUGGGUCAUCUGCAGCAGCUUCAGCAGCUAUCCGAUUCCAAUGCCGAGCUAAAGGACACGGCAAAUACCAGGGAAAUGGCCAUCAAGGACUUGCAGAGCCAGUUAACCGUGUCCGAAAGGGAACUGGAGUCCAAGGAAGACGUUCUAGCUGCACAAGCUGAUGAAAUCAAGUAUCAAUUGGAAGUUCUCAAGCUUAAGGAGGAUACGAUCAAUAAGUUAACUGAACAACUUACCGAAGUAAAGGUCGAACAAAUCAAGGAUCAAAGGGAACUGGUGGCCAAAGUUAAUACGCUGACUGAGAAGGAGAAAAAAUUCGAGAGCCGAUUGGCAAGUGCUUUGUCUCAAAUCAAAGUCCAGGAGGAUGUGGUCGAUAAGAAGGAUGUCCUAAUUAAGAAACAAAAUGCAGAGAUAACGACCAACAGGAUGGAAAUCAACGGUCUAAGCCAUAAACUCAAGUCGGUUUCGGAGGAAUUGAAUGAAGUUACCGAUGAUCUGCUAAAGUCGAAUGGAACAGAUAGGUGUCCCAGUGGCGGUCGAAGUGGUAUCUACAAGGUUAAGCCCCAUGGACUCAAGCACUUUGCAGUUCCCUGCAACGCCAGUGGUUGGAUGACGAUUCAAAAGCGUUUCAACGGUUCCGUGGAUUUCGCUCGGUCCUGGCAGGAAUAUAAGAAUGGCUUCGGCAACAUAAACGGCGAGUUCUUCCUGGGGCUGGAGAAAAUCCACCAGAUGACAGCUGCUGUGCCACACGAGCUGUAUAUUAAGAUCAGCAUGUUCUACGGAUCCACCAGCUACAUUCACUACGAUAACUUCCAAAUCGGCAGCGAGUCCGAAUCGUACGCGCUUAAGUCGCUGGGAGCGUUUGAAGGUCCGGCCGGAGACUCGCUAUCCUACAAUUUGAAUGACAAGUUCGGCACAUACGAUCGCGAUAAUGACAAGGCAAGGGGCAAUUGCGCUGUGGACCAUGCUGGUGGUUGGUGGUACAAGGCCUGUUGCAUCAGCACGCUAAAUGGAAAAUACUACAGCGAUGGCAUCAAGAAGGACGGUCCCCAAGGAAUUCAAUGGGGUACAUGGCAAAACUACAACUACAAUGUGUCGCUUACUGCUUCGGAAAUGAUGAUAAGGCCCAAACAGGGUUAA